CAAUCUUUCCAACCCUUUUUUAACACUCACAUUCUUCACUCACCCCACUUCCCAACCUUCCCAUUUCCCGCAAUUCUCUCACUCCCACACACAUUCUAGAGAGAGAAAUUCUCACUUAGAGAGAGAAACCUUCAAACCAUAGCUAUGCCGAGAAGCAGCUUUGCCAAGGUUGACGUUGUUAUCGACACUGGUAACCCUUUGUUGGACCGCACUGUUGAUGGCUUCUUGAAGAUUGGCACUGUUGCUGCUACUAGAGCUGUUGCUGAAGAUGCUUAUCACAUUGCUAAGAAAGGAAGUCUUUCAAGCAAGGAUCUUGAACAUUCGCUGAAAAAGAUGUGCAAAGAAGGAGCAUACUGGGGAACCGUAGCUGGUGUUUAUACUGGGGUGGAAUAUGGACUAAGAAGGGCUCGUGGAACAAAUGAUUGGAAAAACGCAAUGCUUGCUGGUGCUUUGACUGGAGCUUUGGCAUCUGCUGUGACCAACGGUAACAAAGACAAAAUCGUGACAGAUGCUCUUACAGGAGGUGCAGUCGCCACUGCUGCAGAGUUUAUCAACUAUCUCAUUUGAUGAAUCAAGCUACCCAUAUUUGUUGUGUAUAGAGGGAAGAAAACAUCGUGCUUCUAUUCUUCCUUAGUUUUGAGGUUUUUUUUUGAAUAAUUGAACAUUAGAACUAGCACGAAUGGAGUUUGUCAAUAAAAUUACCUUUUAUUUUCCAUAUUCAAUGAUCAUGGGGCAAUUCUCUCUUCUAA